ACUUACGAGUAGGGGUGGAGGCGGAGCAGGUGCGGUAAGUCUAGGUGUGAAAGUGAAAGUUAGCUAAUUUUUUUGUGUAUAAAUACCUGCACCUGAUACCUGCAUGUCACACCUGUGCAAAAUUGUCUGAUGCACUUGCAGCAACCAAACACAAAGACAAGGAUGCAGACUUCAACAGUAACUCUCCUGGUCAUUACUGCGGUCCUCUGGGGCAACAUAGAAGCGUUUUCAGACACAGCUGUGGACUGCUGUCUGACCACCAAGGACACUCGUAUUCCAAUACAGAUCGUUGCAUCGUACUUUCACCAAACCGCAGACAGUGGCUGUGCCAUUGCUGCUACUGUAUUCAUCACAAAAAAGGACAAGAAAUUGUGCGCUCCACCAGAGAAAAACACCUGGAUUACCAAAAUCAUCUCACACCUGGAGAAGAAGAAGAAAGCUUCUCAGUAGGAACCCAUGAUGGGAGGUGAACACGAUGACCCUAUAACUGCACUGAGCAACACUGAAUGCAGGAAGUGACUACACUUAAUCAUCAACUGCGACAGUGAUUUUUAAAAAAAAAAAUUGUAAAUGAUUAAAUGCUGAUAUGCUAUUUCCGCAAUGUAUUAUGUUGUUUAUGUUUUCCUGUACUGUCUUACUGUAACGAUUAUGAGUCAUUUGCACGAAAUAUCCUGUCAACUGUAUCUGUAUUUUUUUGUGCGACUGGAAAUUUUUGCUAAGAAUGAUUUCAAAUAAAUUCAUUUUGUUAAA